CUCAAUAGAUUCAGACCUCCCUCCUCAGAUAACAGCACCUUCUCUUACUCGGUACGGAGAAAACCAUGGCGACGUCUCUAAUCUCUUCUGUCGCAGCAGCUCCAGUAUCUGUCUCGUCCACCAAUGACGAUUAUCGUUCUGGUUCUGGAAUUGGCUUUCCCAGAAGUUCAUUCCUUUCUGACACUAAACUCUUCUCAGCGCCUUGUCCUUCUUUCCCCAAUUCGAGACAAAACGUUGUCCGAAGGUUUACGAUUUCCUCUGCGAGCUCAUUCGAUCACAUACCCAAAAGGUUCAGUGAAGAGAAUCUGAAAGACGGAUUGAUGGACAAUUACAAAAAUGUUCCAAAAUACCUUUAUGGUCUUAGUCCUUCACAAAUGGACAUGUUUAUGACAGAAGAUAGCCCCGUUCGGAAACAAUCAGAAAAAGUCACAGAGGAAAGCAUUUCAUCUGCAAAAAAUUAUCUUGACCACGGAGGGAUGUGGAGUUUAUCGGGAAUGAAAGAUGGGGGUCCUUCAAGGUAUAGCAUGAGCGUAAGCAUGUAUCGUGGAGGAGCCAGAGGAUACGGAAGGCCUAGAACAGCUCCUCCAGAUUUGCCUUCUUUACUCUUAGAUGCUCGGAUUUGCUAUCUUGGCAUGCCUAUAGUUCCAGCAGUAACAGAGCUUCUUGUUGCUCAACUUAUGUGGUUGGAUUAUGACAAUCCAUCGAAGCCAAUAUAUUUGUAUAUAAAUUCACCUGGGACUCAGAAUGAGAAGAUGGAGACCGUUGGAUCUGAAACAGAGGCAUAUGCAAUUGCUGACACCAUGGCUUACUGCAAAUCCAAAUUCUAUACUGUGAACUGUGGCAUGGCAUAUGGUCAAGCAGCAAUGCUGCUAUCACUUGGAGCCAAGGGUUAUCGGGCACUACAGCCAAAUGCGUCUACAAAAUUAUAUUUGCCGAAAGUCAAUAGAUCAAGUGGUGCGGUGAUUGAUAUGUGGAUCAAGGCAAAAGAGCUAGAUGCAAACACCGACUACUACAUUGAACUUCUAGCAAAAGGAAUUGGUAAGCCAAAGGAAGAAAUUGCGAAAGACAUCCAGCGGCCCAAAUAUUUCCAAACACAAGAAGCAAUCGCCUAUGGCAUUGCAGAUAAGAUAAUUGACUCAAGGGAUGCUGCAUUCGAGAAACGAAACUAUGAUGAGAUGCUAGCCCAAUCAAAAGCUUCAAGGAGGGGGGCAGGUGUUGGGGCACAAGCAGCACCCUCUGGAUUUAGGUAGAGAGUAGAAAAAACCAACAAUGUGCCACAGGGAUUGAAGAAAAGAGGUUGUAAGCUAUUGUUCUAUAUUUUAUGUUUUGGAGGAGCAGGAUACCCUUCGAGGCAGUGUCAACUGACAUGUAUUUAUAUUUUGUAACUGCAUGCAACCAGUUUGGAAAUUACAGGUGCCCAAAAA